AUGAACCUGAAUCGGGCGACAGGCCUUUGCUUGAGCAUUGCUGGGGCUCUCGUAAUCGAAUCUCUGCAUCCGUACAUUGGGCUUUUGCGUAUAUACAAGGAUAAUUAUAGUUUACUUUUGGCCAAUCUGGCUGGUUACCAUCUCGUCUGUAUAGCGUGCCAGUGGGUUAAUCUCUCCUACAGUGUUAAUCAUCAACUUCCACGACAGGACGAAUGCUUUAAACUCAUACUUCCGUACAUCUUUGCCAUAAGCGCUCAAGCAAUCAUGUAUGUUGUGAUUGUAGGCGAUCUCUUGGCUGCAGUUCUCGUUCCACUCAGGUAA